AUGCUAUUGGGUCAAAACAUUGGACGGCGAGCAGAUUUCGAUACCGCCUGGUCCUACUAUUUCCCCCCCGCUUACACCCCUGAGCAGAGAAGUUUUUCUUGCUCAGGAACCACUCCCUGA